AUGGUCAGAGGGAAGGUGCGGAUGCGACGAAUUGAGAACCCUGCCCACAGACGGGUAACCUUCUGCAAGCGUCGAGAGGGGCUUCUCAAGAAGGCCAGGGAACUCUCAGUGCUUUGCGAUGCUGAAGUUGGUGUUAUCAUAUUCUCCUCUCAGGGAAAACUCCAUGAACUGGCAACUAAUGGAAACAUGCAAAGCUUGAUUGGGAGGUACCAGAGUGAUGUGGUAGGAAGCCAAAUGCAAAACAGAGCUCUACAAAGCCAGGUAGCAGAACCUGAGAUUUUAUUGGUAAGGGAAGAGAUAGGUCACCUACAGCACAGUCUAAGGUCCACAUAUGGAGGAGGAGCAGGGGACAUGACGCUAGAUAAAUUGCACAAGCUAGAAAAAGGUCUUGAGCAAUGGAUUUCUCAGAUGCGAUCCGCAAAGAUGCAGAUUAUGCAACAAGAGAUACAACUUCUUGAAAAUAAGGUGAAAGAACAGAAUGAACUCAUGAAUAUGCACUCAGUCUUUCUUGGAUCUCCAUAUUCAACACAUCCAUUUACCAAUGGAAACGGUUUAUUCUCAAUCUAG